CGGAGCGAAGCGGACGCCGCCGACCGGUGCACGGGAAGGGCGCGGGCGGCCGUCAGUUCCGCGCCGCGCCUCGCUCGUACUGCCCGUCCUCGCUGACGCUCCCGCCUGCGCGCCCGCUCCACAAUGAAGUCUAAAGUAAAGGGGGCGCGAACCAAGAAUAUGGACAAGCUGAUCGCAGCUGUCCAGGCUCGGGAAUGCUUAUGGGACAAGAGCUAUAGGGGACACAGGAAUCGCUUCAAGUUGGAGCGAUAUUGGAAUGAAGUGGCGGCUGAGGUUGGGACGACGAGUUUGAACUGUCGCAAGAAAUGGAAGAAUCUCAAGGACCAAUGUCGCAAGGAGAUGAAGAAAAAUCCAAACGAAUCUGAAUGGCCUCACUUCCAGAAGUUGAAAUUCAUUCACCACCAGUUCGUGGCUGAAGAUGAGGAAGGUGACGAGGAUACGACUGAUGAGGUCUUUAAUUCUUUAGACGAGUCUAUAAAGCGGCCGAAGUUAGGCUACACCAUGAGGAAGAAGCUCCUAAUGAAUAAGAGGAGAGCUAUAGAUGUCGAUAUGAAUAAGUUGAUAGAUUUGGUCCGAGUUAGGGAGAUAAUUUGGAACAGGUCGCUGAAGGGACACCAUAAUUGGUACAAACUUGAUGAGAGCUGGAAGGAGGUGGCGAUGGAGUUGGAUUGUACACGUGACGAAGCAAGACUCAAAUGGAAGUACCUAAGAGAUCAAGCAAGGAAGGAGGUAAGGAAACAAACAGGAUCGGACUGGGAGUACCUUCCAAAACUUCAGUUCCUCACAAAUCAGUUUAAUGAUUACGAAGGCAAUGAAUUAGCUGAUGAUUCGUACACCCAAGAUUAUGAUGCUGACCAAGGAACGAGCUACUUCAACAUAGAACCAACUAAUGAUGUCAGUGUUAAAGAAGAUGAUUUCGAUGAAUUUGAUACAAAACCAAUUAUAAUGGAAACGGACUUCUACGACGAUGAUGAUGACGCCCAAAAAAGUGCUACUACUGAGCCAAGUGAGCCGGUGACGAAGGAUGAAGACAUAGGGUUCUUCAACAGCCUACUCCCUCAUGUAAAGAAAUUAGGACCCGCUAAAAAACUCAUGUUAAGAAUGAAGAUACAAGAGAUGGUUUACAAUACCGUCUACAAUGAAACUUAGUUUGGGAACGGAGACACUUAUUCAGAAAAAUAAUAUUUUUCGAAACAGAUGAUUAAAAAAAAUGUUACUCACGAUUUCGACAAAACCGUGGUCACAUUUG